AUGGCUCUAUUGUUAAAGGAAAAACAAGUCGAACAAUAUACCGAAACGGAUUUUUUUAAAAAACUAAAGGAUGAAGAAUAUGACAAAAAUCAUCGUCCACCCGGAGAUUCGGGUAAAAAACAACUUACUAUAAGAGCGCAGAUUGAAAUAGGAUACAUGGGAAGUAUCGAUUCAAAAGAUAUGACAUUCGAAUUGCAUGCUUCUUUGCGUCAUUGGUGGACUGAUGUUAGACUAAAAUACAACGAAAGUCUUGGUCGAAGAGUCUUUGGAAUGAAGAGUCUCCGCGACGAAAUCUGGACCCCUACAUUGUUUUUCAACAACGAAAAAGAAAGCCAAUUGGUAUCGACCACCAAAGACAACAUUUAUGUACAAAUUCAAUCGAAUGGAAGCGUAUAUUAUUCAUUGAGGUUACGUUUGACCCUUUCUUGUCCAAUGAAUCUGAAAAAUUAUCCCUUCGACAAACAAAAAUGCAGAAUUAAAAUAAUGAGCUGGUUAUACGGAAGUCAAGAUUUACGUUUAAAAUGGAAAAAAGACUGCGUAAUAUUUCUAGAAAGCGUCGAAUUACCAGAACAUUUUCUGGAUAAAGAUAAUGUCGAAUGUUCUAGCUUUAAUAGGACUUAUUAUACAGCAGGAGAAUUCAGUGGUAUAGAAGCAACACUAUCGUUUCGAAGAGAAAUACCAUUCUACCUGAUGGAAGUAUAUCUACCUGUCAGCUUAUUAGUUAUAGUAUCUUGGUUAUCAUUUUGGUUGGACGUUUAUGCUGUUCCAGCAAGAACUGCUUUGGGAAUCACAACAAUUUUAACAGUUAUCACAAAUUCCAGUGGUGUUAAAGAAUCCAUUCCAAGGGUAUCUUAUGUAAAGGCUGUGGACAUUUGGAUACAACUUUGUACAUUUUUAGUCUUCUGUGCAUUUCUGGAAUUCCCAUUUGUUAAUUUUAUAGCUAGGAAAAGUCAAAAUUCUUCCGAAAAGUCGAAAACUUCUAAUCCUGCCAAUGCUUCUAAAGCACAGCCGUCCUUAUUUAAAAUUGUGAAACCAACAUCGGCCACAAAUAAAGUUAGUUGCACAGAAUCGUCGCAACCAGCUGCUAAACAAACAACCGGUUUCGAAUUCGACGACGAAGAAAACAAAUUAGACUUUUGUCAUAUUUUUCCAAAACCAUCAGAAGAUCUAGCCAGAGCCAUCGAUCGAGUUUCUCGAUUUUUAUUUCCAUUUAUAUUUGUGAUAUUCAAUCUCAUUUACUGGUUUAAGUGGCUGGCAUAACGAAAAC